CCAUCUUGAUGAUGAGUGACAGGGACUUAUCUUGCUACAAUUGUUCCUCUUUGUUGUAAGGUUAGAUCCGGAAGACUCGCUCAACGAUGACAUGAAUGUGUUGAUGAUGAUUCCGUGAAUCAAGUGGUGUUUCCUGUCUCACCGCAGGGAUGCAUGUUGGAGACUAUGGGGAGCUGGGUGGCAGCCUCCCCGCCAUCGCCUCCCUGAACGCUUCCUACUCUACAUCCAUGUCCCUCCCUUCCCAGUACCUGUUUGUACCACCUGCAGAGCGCAAGGUCAUCUCCGACGUCCGGCGCACCUUCUGUCUCUUUGUGACGUUUGACCUGCUCUUCAUUUCCCUUCUUUGGAUUAUUGAGCUGAACCAAAUCUCCACCAACAUCUGGGACAAUUUAGAAAAUGAAGUUGUGAACUAUGACUUCAGAUCUUCCUUUUUCGACAUCUUUCUCCUUGCCGUGUUUCGUUUCCUGUGUCUGCAAGUGGGUUAUGCAGCUUUUCGUUUAAAGCACUGGUGGGUGAUUGCCAUUACCACUUUAGUGACGAGUGUCUUCCUUGUCGUAAAAGUCAUCAGAUCAAAUCUUCUAUCCCAGAAUGCCUUUGGUUAUGUUAUACCCAUAACCUCUUUUGUUGUGGCCUGGCUGGAGACCUGGUUUCUUGACUUUAAGGUGCUCACGCAGGAGGCAGAUGAUGAAAGAGCCUACCUAGCAGCAGUCAACGCAGCCUGUGAACGUGCCCCCAUGAUAUAUCCCCGAGCUGUUUCUGAUGGACAGUUCUACUCUCCGCCUGAAUCUGUAGCAGACUCAGAAGAGGAUCUGGAUGAGGAGGGUCUCGGCCGUAGAGCAGUCACUGCUCAGGAGAAGGAAUAUGUCAGACAAGGUCAUGAGGCCAUGUCUGUGCUAGAACAGAUCCUAACCCAGGAGGACACCUGGAAAUUUGAAAAAAACAAUGACAUGGGAGACUCUGUGUACACCCUGGAGAUUCCCUUCCAUGGAAAGACUUUCAUUCUUAAGGCUUUUAUGCAGUGUCCCGCUGAGCUCGUGUAUCAGGAGGUGAUUCUGCAGCCAGAGAAGAUGGUCCAGUGGAACAAAACAGUUUCUGCCUGCCAGAUCCUUCAAAGGGUCGACGACAACACUCAAGUGUCAUAUGACGUCUCUGCCGGAGCAGCAGGAGGAGUUGUGUCUGCGAGGGACUUUGUUAAUGUUCGACGGGUGGAGCGCAAGCGAGACUGCUACCUGUCUGCCGGCAUGGCGACCGAACAUGACGCCAAACCUCCGACAGGUCGCUUCGUCAGGGGAGAGAAUGGUCCAGGAGGAUUUGUGGUCCUCAAGUCCAGCAGUAACCCGUCAGUCUGCACCUUCAUCUGGGUCCUCAACACAGACUUGAAGGGUCGUCUGCCUCGCUACCUCAUCCACCAGAGUUUGGCCGCCACCAUGUUUGAAUUCAUGUCCCAUUUACGCCAACGUAUUGCCGACCUGCGGCCUUCUCUCCGCUCCCACCACCAUCACCACCACCACCCUUAAAGCCGGAGAGACAUCUAAGCUGGUUGGGAAGUACCACUGCUGUUUUUUUUUUUAUAAAGAUACAUCCAUGUGAUUAGUGAUCACCAAAGAAUGGGCGUGGCAGCGGAGCUGAAAGGAUGUGCCAUAAGAAGUGGAAAGACUGCAGUGCAUGUGAGACGGGUGACCACACUUUCACCACAUUUCAGUCACACGAGGAGUAGUUUGGUCUUCAAAGACGAUAUUCACUGACUUUUUUCUUCUUUUUUUUUUUUUUAAAGAGUGAUCAAAUUAUUUUUCAUGGAACUGUUUAUUAUUUCACCUUGUGAGCCACUGUAUGUUGAGGGCAGUUUUCUGAAGGCGUCUCGUAGCAGGGGAGGACUGUCCUCCCAACGAGGAGACGUGGAUGAGGACAGAAGUGAUUCUCAGUAUGGCCAUCCGUCCAAAAGAAGCGACCUAAUGGCAGCAGUGUGACCGAGCCUUAUCUUAGGUCCCACGUCGUAGGCCAUUGAUUUGCUGCUUUAGUGUCAUUUUGUCCUUUGACUUUUUACCGCAAGGGUUUAUAUAUGUGCAUUUUUGUGUUGUAAAACUGAACCUGCUCUUCACACGUCAAAUCUGCAAGAGACAGGUCAUUUGAAUAGUAUUUUCUUUAGCUAUACUGUGAUAUAUGUCUAAAAAGAAGCACCACUAGAGAAAGACAUCACUUAUCCAUCCAGUGAUUUCUUUUUUUUUUUUUACAUCUAUCUUUCUCAGGGUGCAAAAAAAUGUCUCGGCUCAUCAGCUAAACAUUUAAUCAGUCACUUUUAAAAUACUGCUUUUCUUUUGCACUUUGAGAUCAGGCUAGAGGUCAAAUCAGGAAAAUGUGAGUACCAUGUGUUGCCAAUGCAUUAUCAAACUAAGAAAUCAAAGCAAAUCAAAAUCCUGUACUUAUACUAAAGAUACCUUUUGCGCCAGUAACCUCAAGUGGCCUUGUUGCAAAAAUGUGGUGCUCAUUAUUUGGCUUCGUCUUCCCUCGUAUGGGACACUGAUCAAGGAUUCUUUGUCAUUUUCUUUAAAAACAUGCACCCCAGUGGUCUGAUGCACUUGUAGUCUGAAAGCCUUGUUGGUAGAUGAGAGACAAAACACUCUGGAGGAGCAGAUUUCUUUGUGAUGUGGUAACAUGCUCACGUUUUAACUCCAGAUAAUUGGGAUUAAGCAGUUUUAACUAUCACAGUAUCACAGUACAGGAAUUGACAGUUUGGUGCCUUUAUCACAGCUGCAUUACACUCAAGCCUUCUCGCAUACGCUGUUCUCUGAAGUCAGUGCUUAUACUACAUUCAACAAACCUUUAUAUGCAUAUGGACCAUGCCUGAUUUACUUAACUCUGUGCUCUCCUCGUUAGUAUUUCCUCUGAAUGUAUUUGUCUACGGAUUAAUUCAUCAUAUUAAUUUAAAGUCGUCAUAACUGACCUACCAUUUUUACCGAGUCUUAACUAGUGUCUUAUGUUUAAUAAAAAUAUAUAUAAACUCGUA